UAGAAGGUCCUAUAUUGCUACAUGGAAUCUGGAACUACAAAUUCAGUGUAGAUAAAGUGAUGAUCGAUGUUAUUGUACAGAUACAAUGUUGCUGAUGGGCCACAUUCCCAAUGUUGACAUGUAGGCAGUGAUUUUCUCAUUUUGUUGACACAUGGCUAUCAAAAGAAGUUGUACUACUAGCUAGUGCCAGGUGCAUCAGCUUACCAAAGCAUACAGGAAGCACACAGACAAGUCUCAGUUUGAGAGAGUGGGCUAUAAUCUUGGGAGAUGACAGAUGGACACAUUGGGAAGAUUGGAACCUGUGACCCUGCAGUCUAAAGACACCAUGGAGCAAGGCUUCAGCUUCAGCACACUGAAGAAGCUGGCGGCCGAGCCGGACCACACGGACGUGAGCCUGACGGCGGCAGAGCGCGUGCGGGCCCUGAGCAAGAUGGGCUGCAGCAUCGAGAUCAACGAAGAGAUCACGCCACGCCGCUACUUCCGGUCCGGGGUGGAGAUGGAGCACAUGGCCGCCGUGUACCUGGAGGAGGGCAGCCUGGAGAAUGCCUACGUCCUCUACAACAAGUUCAUCACUCUGUUUGUCGAGAAACUCCCCAGCCAUCGAGACUACCAGCAGUGCAGUGUGCCUGAGAAACAGGUGAUAAUAAAGAAGUUGCAAGAUGUCGCAUUUCCGCGGAAAGAUCAAUUGAAGAAGCUCCUCCACGAGAAGUACAACAAGGAACAUACAGAGUAUCUCAAAAGUCAGAGCCAGGCGGUGGUGGCGGAUUGCUGCGGCCAGCAGCUGCAGAAGAUGUCUCUGGUUGAGCAGGAGAGGCAGAGGGUGGCGCAGCUGCGCAGGAUGCAGAUGGAGUCGGAGCAGUUCCGCUACUUCGAGGACCAACUGCGCAGACAGGAGCUGGCCAAUCGCAGAGACGAGGCGGUCGCUAAAGUGCCUGAACAAACGGACGGCUCCUGCCUGUCCCACUCCUCCAAGAACCAUGUUCGUCUCGACCCAAACCGCAAUAAACAGCUUCUCCCCAGCAGCAAGCCAGCAGCUACACUGGCUGGCGUACAUAAUCAACGGGUUGAGGGCCUGAGGCGGGUGGGCAUUCCUAGAGACCUGACCUACAGGUUUUUACUGCUAGCCGACAGUAACACAGCCAGGGGAAUAGAGACAUGCGGGGUGCUCUGUGGAAAACUGACUCAAAACGAGUUCAUGCUGACCCAUGUGGUGGUGCCCAAACAGUCAGCCGGCCCAGACUACUGUGAUAUGGAGAACGUGGAGGAGCUCUUUAGUUUCCAGGACCACCACAACCUACUAACUCUGGGCUGGAUCCAUACCCAUCCCACCCAGACGGCCUUCCUGUCCAGUGUUGACCUGCAUACACACGGCUCCUACCAGCUCAUGCUGCCUGAAGCCAUCGCCAUCGUCUGCUCGCCCAAACACAACGAUACGGGAGUGUUCAGACUCACCAGCUCUGGGAUGGGGGAGGUCGCUGGCUGCAGACUGAAGGGCUUUCACCCACACUCCAAGGACCCGCCGCUCUUUAGCAUCUGUAGGCAUGUUGUUAUAAAGGACUCGAAAACAACAGUGCUGGACCUCCGGUGACAGCGAGGGGAAGACAAGACACCCACAACCCUCACCAUCACAAACUGGAACUCCUAUUUAUUUUUUUAUUUAACCUUUAUUUAACUAGGCAAGUCAGUUCAGAAAAUAUUCUUAUUGACAAUGACGGCCUA